AGAUCCUUUCGUUUCAUUUUGAACUCGUGUUGCAUCAAAGUUGGGAGGAUAUACAAAUAAUUAUAUGAACAAAAUGGCGGCAAAUGGAGUGAAAAGUGGUGAUCAGCAGAUGAACAAGAAUAAGAAACAGCUGAAAGUUGUUGUCGUUGGCGGCGGACUUGUUGGCACGAUGGCAGCUGCUCUAUUUGCCAAACGCGGGCAUGAAGUGCUGAUAUACGAGUUGCGAGAAGACAUCCGGAAGCUGGAACACGUGCCCGGCAGAAGCAUCAACCUGGCCCUGUCCCUGCGCGGGAUCGAGGCCCUGAGGCGGUUGGGCAUCGCAGACAGCCUCUUGGCCACCCACGCCAUCCCCAUGUUUGCUCGCAUGAUCCACUCGGUCGACGGCCAGAAGCGGCCCAUCCCCUAUGGCAAGGGCAACGAGGUACAGUACAGUACAGUACAGUAUAUACAUAAA